GCGCGGGCGCCGCCCCGGGUUCCGCGGCCCGGCCGGCCGUGCGAGCCGUCCAUGGUGCAGCACAUGUGGGCCGAGGCGGCCGGGCCUGCGGGCGGCGCCGAGCCGCUGUUCCCCGACUCCCGGCGGAGCCGCAGCGUGUGGGACGCCGUGCGCCUGGAGGUGGGCGCGCCCGACAGCUGCCCAGUCGUCCUGCACAGCUUCACGCAGCUCGACCCCGACCUGCCGCGCCUGGAGAGCUCCACACAGGAGAUCGGCGAGGAGCUGAUCAACGGGGUCGUCUACUCCAUCUCCCUGCGCAGGGUGCAGCUGCACCACGGUGCCAGCAAGGGCCAGCGCUGGCUCGGGUAUGAGAACGAGUCGGCCCUGAACCUUUACGAGACCUGCAAGGUGCGGACCGUGAAGGCAGGCACGCUGGAGAAGCUGGUGGAGCACCUGGUGCCCGCCUUCCAGGGCAGCGACCUCUCCUAUGUCACCAUCUUCCUGUGCACCUACAGAGCCUUCACCACCACCCAGCAGGUGCUGGACCUGCUGUUCAAAAGGUACGGUAGAUGUGACGCCCUCACGGCCUCCUCUAGAUACGGCUGCAUCCUCCCUUACUCCCACGAGGACGGCGGACCCCAGGACCAACUUAAAAAUGCCAUUUCCUCCAUCCUGGGCACCUGGCUGGACCAGUACUCGGAAGAUUUCUGUCAGCCCCCGGACUUCCCCUGCCUCAAGCAGCUGGUGGCCUACGUGCAGCUCAACAUGCCCGGCUCGGAUCUGGAGCGCCGUGCCCACCUGCUCCUCGCCCAGCUGGAGCACUCGGAAGCCCUCGAGGCAGAGCCUGAGGCUCUUUCACCAGCUCCAGCGCCAGCUCUAAAACCAACUCUGGAGCUAGAGCCAGCUCCAGCGCCAGCUCUAAAACCAACUCUGGAGCUAGAGCCAGCUCUAGCACCGAGUCCUGUGCCAGCGCCAACCCCAGAGCCAGAGCGGGAGGCAGUGCCAGCCCCAGAGCCAGAGCAGGAAGCAGCGCCAGCUUCCGAGCUGGAGGAAGCUCUAGCGCCACCUCUCGAGCUAGAGCCAGUUCUGGUGUCACCUCUCAUGCCAGCUCCGGAGCUGGAGCCAGCUCUGUCACAGACCCUUGAGCUAGAGCCAGUUCCAACGCCAGCUCCAUCCCCAGAGCCUUCCUGGCCUUCACCUGUGGUUGCAGAGAACGGGCUGAGUGAGGAGAAGCCUCACCUCCUGGUGUUCCCUCCCGACCUGGUGGCCGAGCAGUUUACGCUGAUGGACGCGGAGCUGUUCAAGAAGGUGGUGCCCUACCACUGCCUGGGCUCCAUCUGGUCCCAGCGGGACAAGAAGGGCAAGGAGCACCUGGCACCCACCAUCCGUGCCACCGUCGCCCAGUUCAACAAUGUGGCCAACUGCGUCAUCACCACCUGCCUCGGGGACCGGAGCAUGAAGGCCCCAGACAGGGCCAGGGUGGUGGAGCACUGGAUCGAGGUGGCCAGGGAGUGCCGCGUCCUCAAGAACUUCUCGUCCCUCCACGCCGUCCUCUCCGCCCUGCAGAGCAACUCCAUCCACCGCCUGAAGAAGACGUGGGAGGAGGUUUCCAGGGACAGCUUCCGGAUCUUCCAGAAGCUGUCGGAGAUUUUCUCAGAUGACAACAACUACUCACUGAGCAGAGAGCUGCUCAUCAAGGAGGGGACCUCCAAGUUUGCCACCCUGGAGAUGAACCCCAAGAGAGCCCAGAAGCGGCCGAAGGAGACAGGAGCCAUCCAGGGCACCGUCCCCUACCUGGGCACAUUCCUCACUGACCUGGUGAUGCUGGACACUGCCAUGAAGGACUAUCUGUAUGGGAGACUGAUCAACUUCGAGAAGAGGAGGAAGGAAUUCGAAGUGAUCGCGCAGAUCAAGCUGCUGCAGUCGGCCUGCAACAACUACAGCAUCGCGCCCGAGGAGCACUUCCGGGCCUGGUUCCGGGCCCUGGAGCGGCUCAGCGAGACUGAGAGCUACAACUUGUCGUGUGAGCUGGAGCCCCCUUCCGAGUCGGCCAGCAACACCCUCAAGACCAAGAAGAACGUGGCCAUCGUCAAGCGGUGGAGCGACCGCCAGGCCCCCAGCACAGAGCUCAGCACCAGCGGCAGCUCCCACUCCAAGUCCUGUGACCAGCUCAGGUGCGGCCCCUACCUCAGCAGCGGGGACUUCGCGGACGCGCUCAGCGUGCACUCCGCCGGCUCCUCCAGCUCCGACGUGGAGGAGAUCAACAUGAGCUUUGUCCCGGAGUCCCCCGACGGCCAGGAGAAAAAGUUCUGGGAGUCAGCGUCCCAGUCAUCUCCGGAGACCUCGGGCAUCAGCUCUGCCUCCAGCAGCACCUCGUCCUCCUCGGCCUCCACCACGCCUGUGGCCACCACACGCACCCACAAGCGCUCCGUCUCAGGGGUCUGCAGCCACGGCUCCUCACUGCCGCUCUACAACCAGCAGGUGGGCGACUGCUGCAUCAUCCGCGUCAGCCUGGACGUGGACAACGGCAACAUGUACAAGAGCAUCCUGGUGACCAGCCAAGAUAAGGCUCCGGCCGUGAUCCGCAAGGCCAUGGACAAACACAACCUGGAUGAGGACGAGCCAGAGGACUACGAGCUGGUGCAGAUCAUUUCAGACGAUCGGAAGCUGAAGAUCCCUGAGAACGCCAACGUGUUCUAUGCCAUGAACUCUGCCGCCAACUACGACUUUGUCCUGAAGAAGCGGAACUUCACCAAAGGGGCAAAGGUCAAGCACGGAGCCAGCUCCACCCUCCCCCGCAUGAAGCAGAAAGGACUCAAGAUUGCCAAGGGCAUCUUCUGAGGGCAUCUCCCGGGUCUGGCUGGCCGGGACCUAAGAAUUUACAGACUACAGUGGCCCAGGCCCGCCGGGCACCUUCCGCCCACCUGCCAGCCCAGGGGACCCCAGACUCCACUUUCAUCCCAAACCUCUCCUGCUGCCGGGAUUGAUGCCUGCCGCGCGUCAGGCUGACCUGGCCUCCCACGGACCACUCGCUGCCUUAGGUGCCUUCUGCUCUCUGGAACCAGAGGACUAGCUGACUUUUGCCAAGGAGCGGUGCCAACGGGCAUGGUGCCCUGGUACCAUGGUACCUGCCCCUGGGCGCUGCCUCUGUACACUUCCCUGACACCUUCCCAGGUGCAGGUCACUGCCACCUGUGCCACAGGCACCCCAGAGCACCCACUCACCCACCAGGUCUGACCACUGCAGUUCUCUCCUCGUGCCCACGGGCACUGGCCUGUGACCUUUGCCGGGGUCCUGGCCCCUCCUCCCACCACUCUAGCCUUUCUAGGCUGCACCAAAGAUUCCAUCAUCAGGGCCAACUGAGAGUGAGGGAGUCCCGCCCACCACUCACCCCAGCCCUCCCCGGGAGAGGAGAGACAAACCCUCUUCACGGACCACACUCUUCACCCAGGGAGUGAGGACAGUCCCAGCUGAGUCCCAUCGAUGCUGACUCUCACGCCACUGCAAGUGCCGUUCGCCGCUGCAUCCUGGGCUUGACAGGACCACACAGGACGGGGGUUGCUGGGGAAGGAGGGUUUGGGGUGGGGAGGUGAUCGAAUAUUUGUAUAAGAAGAAAAAAAUGUUUACUGAUUGGGGAGGGGCAAUAUUUAUUUGUUGUAAAUAGCAAAUGCUAGACUUGAAUAUUAUAUUAAAGUCCUGUUUCUACUA